AUGGACGUCACACGAAGCUUCAAAGCCGCGGCCUUGGCUGCGCUCAUCUCAAGCCAACUGACAAUCGCUGAUCCAGUCUCUGCCAAGUUCGCAAAGCGGAGCGCUGCAGAACUUGCAGGCGCUUACGACUAUGUUAUUGUCGGCGGAGGGUUAAGUGGCCUGGUUGUGGCCAACCGCUUGACCGAAGAUCCGGAUGUCUCGGUUCUGGUCGUGGAGUACGGCGAGUUCGACGGAAGUUGGGACGUCAUGAUUCCCUAUUAUGCUUCCAAUACCCACCCCAACGACAUGAGACAACUUCUGUCCAUCCAGCAGCCCGGUCUCAACAACCGAACAUCGGGAGUUCAGACAGGUACCGUUGUCGGAGGUGGCUCGACGGUCAAUGGCAUGGCUUUUGAUCGAGGGUCGAAGGCGGAUUACGACGCUUGGGAAGAGCUGGGCAACCCUGGUUGGAACUGGGAAAGUCUCAUUGAAUACUUCAAGAAGUCCACCACGUUCCACCUUCCCGCCCAAGAGUAUGUCGAGAAGUACAACUUCUCCUACGACCCGAGCACAUACGGCGACGGCCCCAUCCAGGUCGGCUUCCCGUCCUGGCAGUGGCCUGACGUAGGAAUCCAAAGAGACGCGUGGAUCAAGGACCUUGGAAUCCCUGUUCUCAAUGACCACGGAGCUGGCGGCAACAAUGUUGGAGUUGCUCAACUGCCCCAAAACUCCGAAGGAAAGAAUGUCACGCGUUCCACUGCCCGAACGGGCUACUACGAUCCCAUCGCAGGAACUCGUGCGAACAUGAACCUACUCAUCAAGCACUACGCUUCCAAGGUGGAGUUCGAAGACAAGAAGGCGAUUGGCGUCAACGUUGUCUCCCGAGAUACCGGGGAAAUAUUCCUUAUCAAAGCCAACAAAGAGGUCUUGCUUGCUGCUGGCGGAGUGCAAACCCCACGAAUCCUUCAGCAGAGUGGUGUAGGACCCGCUGCGUUGCUUGAAUCCCUCAACAUCGAGGUGGUUGCCGAUCUUCCUGGAGUUGGUGCCAAUUACCAAGAUCAUCCCUGGAUGCUGAUGUUGUACAACUAUGGCAAUCCUCCUGAGCUUGGUAGCGAUACAAUGAACGACCCCGCUUUCUUUAAUGCCUCCGAGGCCGAAUACUUUGCCAACCGCACUGGACCAUUUACCCACGCACGUGGCAACAACAUCGUCUUUUUGUCGCUCCAAGAUCUCACUCCCGAGUAUGAGAACCUCACCGCCAGUAUCGAAGCCCAAAAUGCCGGGGACUUCCUCCCCGAUAUCUACAGCAAGCAUCCUGAACUCGUUGAAGGCUUCCUUGCGCAACGAAAGGCUCUUGCUAAGCUCUACCGCAACCCCGAGGCAGGCGUUCUCGAAGUACCCUUCGGAGGCUUUGCUGGAGCAGGCAUCGCCUUCCAGAAGCCUGUUUCGCGUGGCACAGUCUCGAUCAACACCACAGAUCCAGACCCUGCGACCACACCGAUCAUCGACUUCGGCGUCCUCCAGAACCCUGCCGAUCUUGAGAUGCUUGUGUUGAGCAUCAAGGCUAUGCGGAAGUUCAUGGGCAGCAAGUCGAUUGCCGUGCGUCAACCUCUGGAGAUUCUUCCCGGCGCGAACAUUACUAGUGACGCAGCUAUCGCCGAGGCAGUGAGAAACUCAUUGUACGCAAGCUUUGCUCAUCCAAGCGGCACCGCAAGCUUGCAACCCCUGGAGCAUGGCGGAGUGGUAGAUCCCACGCUUCGCGUCUAUGGUCUUGAGGGGCUAAGAGUGGUGGACGCCAGUGUCAUCCCGUUAAUCCCCGCUUGCCAUCUGCAAUCCACCGUAUACGCCGUGGCUGAGAAGGCUGCGGAUCUCAUCAAGACUACUUAA